AAAGGGUCCUGGGGUUAAAUUUGCUAGAGGCUCACCUGUCUUGAGGCAGUAUACCAGGCGUGGCCAACACAAUGAGAAGUCCACCAUCUGUUUUGUAUCCCUGGACAGAAUGCCCACUGAAGUCUUGCUGAAUAUAUUUUCCUACUUGGAUGCUGUGAGCUUGCUGUGCACUGGAUGUGUGAGCAGACGCUUUUAUCACUUGGCCAGUGACAAUCUUAUUUGGAUCAAAAUCUACUCAGCUGCAUUUUCACCGAAAAGAUCACACUGGAAAGUUAACUCAGUGGAGGAGACAGCCACAUCUGUGAGCUUACUCUCAGUUGAGGAUAAAGAAGCUGGGUACUGGAAGAAAGAAUAUAUUACAAAACAGAUCUCAGAUGUGAAAGAAGCACUAGCCCAAAUUGUCAAACCUGUCAACUCCUACACAGGCCUUCCUGUGAAAAUCAAAGAGGCCCUCAGAGUAUUUGGCCUACAUUUUGCAAUUAUAUUGAGAGAAAAAAGUGGAAAAGAGCACGUCAUGCAGCAUGUUGAUCUUUCCUUCAAUGACACAUCUGUCACUGUUGUGUGGUAUGAUAAAAAUUGGCCACAUCUGGCCAAAUUGUCCACCCUGGAUCUGUGUGGUGUGACGCCAGUUUUUGCAGACCGGUAUAAAACCUUUGACCCCUAUGGACCACGAUGGCUAUCUUUAAUUGCACAGUAUGAUCUGAGUCAUUUAAGCAAGGCUGCCAUGAUUGGCUGUGAUAGACUUGUCCGGGUAUUCUGUCUAAAUCCUGGACUCCUGGUGGGGCUAUGGCAGAAGGGUGACGGACUGGCUUUUGUCAUGGCAAAUCUUCAUUUUCAUCGCCUCGUGGAGAGAAGCACAUUAGGCUCAAUCACUCUCCCCUAUGUGCCACCUCCUCAUCAUAGUCCCUUUGUGGAUGACAGCCCAGACUAUGGACUUCAAGGCUACCAGCUCCACAUUGACAUGCAUGGUGGUGGGACUUUCUACCUGUGCAGUACACUUUACACCCUCUUCUCUAGCAAAGAGUGCAUUGAGAAUGGAUAUGCAAAGUUCAUGGUGAUAAAUUUAAACAAUAACAGAGAACACCUACCUCUUAUUGGAAAAGUUGGACUUACAUGGAGAACUACUAUUUUUGAUGGCUUUAUUGAGAACUGUGGUGACCGUGACCCAAGACCAGGGGCUGGAUUCCUGUGGAGCCUGACCUUCAGACCAUUUGGUAUUGGUGAUUUACCCUGCUUAUCUGAGCAAAUCCUAACCCUUGGUAAAAAUCGAAUAUGUCACAUAUAAAGUAUUAUUGUUUCCUAUCUUUGAGUACAGAUGUGACCUUUUGUUUUUCUGUGACUGAAAUGGCCAUGAUGUAAAAACAUAUUAAAAAUAUUAAUGUUAAAAAUAGACCUUGAGGACCAAGAAAGGCAGAAUAUAAAUAUGGCAUGCUUAAAGUGUCAGAGUAAUUUUAAAGUUGUUUAAUUCCAGUUUCUUUUCACAGCAAGAUCAAAGCAGGUAUUUAGUUCUCUGUGGUUAGAAAUGGAAGCAUAGUAAUUAUAUCAUGAGAUAAAGCUUUAUCUUAGCUCUAAUAUUGAAAACAAAGUCUCCUCUGGAACUGCUUGUAAGGAGGACUCAAUCCUAAUCCUGAGUCCUUUAGCAAUAAUUAUGCGGGGGUUUCCACAGCAUAUCUCACAGAGGCUGCACCACCAGCUGCAGAAUCCGACUCUCCAUCAAGCUCCGGGCAUUGUUUCUGUACGUCACUCCAUCUAAAGGCGUGAUUCUGUGUCUUUGAAGUAGUGGGUUGUGGUCCUGGACAGUUUCUCCAGUAAUACCUUUUCUCACAGGGAAGAGUUUGUUGUCUCUCCUGAGUUGGAGGUUGGGUGGAUCUGCAUAUGCCAUUUAUCUAUAGAGCCAGUAUUAUAUAUUAUGGCAAAUUUAUUUUUGUAGCUUCCUAAGAAAAUCCCUAAGUGAGGGAUAUCGUGUUCCAUGUGUUUGCCAUAUAGUUCAGGAUUUCCCUCUAGGAAUCUGACCACCAUAAGCAUAGUGAACAGUAAGAAUGCAAUUUAAGAAAUUGGCUUUCGGGACUUUAGUCUCUUUGUUUCAUUUUGUUUAAAGGAAGGACAUAAAGUAGAAAAAGGCUUUAGCUUUUGGGUAUACUUCUCCAUGUUUUUACCUCUCACAUUGGAGAAACUAAAGCAGGAGGAUAACAAUCAAUACAAGGCUAGCCUGGGCUACAGAGUAAGGCUCUGUCUGGAAAAUAAAAUAAUUCUUAGUUACAUAUGACUAUUAAAAAUAGAAAUGAAAGAUAAUCUCCUCAACCCAGAAUUGUAGACAUACCCUUCUAAUGUAUAAGAUGACAAGGCAUGAAGGAAAAACCAAAAGAAGACAAAAAAAGGAUCGCCAAAAGAAAUCCAUGAAUGAGAGAUUCUGAUAGGAAUAGAGACUGAUUAGGGAAUAUGUCAUUGUGAAGUAUACCGAACACACACCUGGCUGUCCACACCACUGCACAAGAAGCACAGUUACCCUAGAGCACUGUCCUGCGUGGGUCACAUGACAUUCAGUCACUGCAAGCAUCUGUAAUGUGUUUCUACCACAUAAAAAGGAGAACUGGUCUAUGACCUGUGAGUUGAACUUCCACGACUGAGCUCCUGGCUAGGCUUGGGAUGCUCCCCACUGCAUCACGACCAAGCCAGCAAGUUUUAGCUUCCUGCACUCCUGAGCUCUAGGAGACCAGUGCUUCCUCAUGGGAACUGUGAAGCCCAGACCUCUGUCAAUCAACCUAACAAAGCAUCGCUUUGUUCACUUAGCAGAACCAGAUUUGGGUGGCAAACAUUAUCAGCAUUUACCCAGAGGGGAGUUUUACACAUGAGAAGGAUGUAUCUACAAUUCUCAAACAAAAGAGAUUCUUUUAUUUCUAAGUCAUGGCAUAGUUUGAAUUUCAUCCACACCAGGCAGGAUUAGUGGUGGGCUGCAGGAAGAUGGUUGGGGAAGUGGAACUAGGGUGGCAUCAGACUUCAGACAACUGAUGGUCAGUGAUGUUGUGCCAGUGUCCAAGUCGCAAUUCCAGUGCAGUUUUUCUGGCAUGACCAUGGGCUUGAAUAAAUUAUACCAAACUUGAUGGAUCUUUGGGUCAUCCGAGUUGUUGAGCAAGAACUUGUAUAUUUAAUUAUUGAACCUGAAAGAGGUUCAGCCUCUUUGGUGGUACACUUUGGAAGUCAUGGACACCUUGGUUAAUAUGAAUUGUGGAUGUAGACAAAUUCCUUCUAUGGAGAAAGUGACUAUAUAUAAUAAAACCAGUGCUUUAGGUCAAGCUGCGAGGACCACUAUUAGGGCCUCAUAGAAGCUAUGGGUGUUCUGGAAGUGCUGGAAAGGUAGUAUUUGAAGCAAAGACUGCUACACAGUGCUGAGCCUGCCCAGAUGGAGACUUAGCAGAUGUUCACUGUGUUUAGAGACCUUGGGAAGAGAUGGGGUCAGAGUGGGUUGAAGUGUGAGCAGGAGGUAAGGCUUUGAACAAAGGAAGAUAGGUUUGCCUGCAGAGAGAAGGGAGAGCAAGGAGCACUGGGGCUCUGGGAGAUUUAUUACUCUCUGUGUGUCUGUCCCUUUGUUCCUCCCUCCCUCUGAAUACCCCCACCCCCACCCCAGCAGUCAUUCUAACAAGUCUGAAUGUUAAAAGCUGAUGGAACAGAGGCAAUAUUCACUGUGUCAGAGGCUACCUCCUUGUUGGUGGGUCAUACCAAAACCCAUCUGAUAGAAGCACACUUAGCACAGAUGGGCAAGUAAGGCGGUGGUGGGGGCAGAGUUUGUAUUUGCCACUGGAAAGAUAGGAAGGUGUUGCUCUGCCAUCUCUCUGGCAAGAGUACAUGAUGUGCAGGGGUGAGUAGGACACAGAGGGUCAUAGGAGAGGUUGAGGUAUGCCAGUUCAGGGCGGAGAUGGUAUCCCAUAAUGCACAGUAGACUCAAAAAACUGUGAGCAUGGCCAUGGCUACCUGUGGAUAGCUCCAUCUGUGGCUGUGUACUGUGCUGGGUGGUUAGAUGCAGACACACAUGAGACACCUCAGUUCAGGCACAGCUUGGUUUUAGCCGAUCUGGAGCCAGGCCAGAUGAAGUGUUGAUGAAGAGGCCAGUCCAGUGAAGAACAGUGAAAUGGAAGCGGAUGACAUGAGGCCUGAGGAGAGCUAGAGGGCUGGUAUGUUAGGGGUCAUGGGUCAUGGGUCAUGGGUCAUAGGUCAUGAUGCUCCCCAAAUCUUUUCACACACACAAACACAUGUGGCCACACACACUCCUUUCAUCUAAGCAGAUGUGUUAAUUUCUUUCUUUUAACAUAGUUGUGCCUCACACAUGUAGUCGAGGAUGCACUAGCAGUGAUGGUAUACAGUGGGCCGGUGGGCUGGGAACCAGGAGUAACUGAGAAAGCAGGACGUUGAAGAGACAGGUUAGAAGCAGGGCCCACACUGUUGAUUCUGGAAGUGCCGCAUUCCCAGGAGGUAAAACUGGGGAUGAAUGAGUGAAGUUGAAGAGAAAAUCAUAGGAGUCGGAUAGCCCAGACUGAGAGUCUGUCACUGGAUCCACUAGCAAUUGGGGUUACUCAGGAGAUGGUGAGUCUUGGAGGAGAGAAUGAGAGGGAGACUUAGGGGGAUGGCGAGUCUAGAGCAGUGGCCGUGUGAGCAAGAGGAUGGUGGGCAGCAGAGAGAAGACACAUGAGGCCAGUGUGGGAGAGCUGGACGUUUGGAGUCUUGAGGAAACAGGUGACAAGAAUGAAAGGUGACAGUCUGCUAGAGCAUUGAGAAGCUACUGUCCAGGGCAGGAUGCCACCCUCCUGUGAAUGAUGGCACAGACCUCUCAUUUGUGGAAGACCUGCUGCCUCUAGACAGGUUACGGUACUGCCAGCUCCUUGUGCACACACGUGGAUGAGCACGGCUGCUGAGGAAGUCUGGUAAGUACUAACUGACUGGGUUUUGAAUAAAAAGUGGGUCCAGUGAUGUGUAUGAGAGGACUCUGAUGCCACAAGCAGCCUUCCCAGUCAGUUUUACAGAGUCACAAUUCCCAUGGAAAUGAGCCUGUUAUCCCGACACUUGUGAAUCUUAA